ACAUGUGGUUUUGAGUUGGGUUUUCAUUUAUAUAUUGGAGGUUGGAAUUGUUGGAACUGCUCUUAUUCUUGAUGUAUCUUGGUGGACUUCUGUUCUGGGACUCGUUGCUUAUAGUCUCUUUGGCGGAUGCCCUCAUUCUUGGACUGGUUUCUCCAAACAAGGCUUCUUCGGACUUUGGGAGUUCUUUAAGCUUUCUCUGGCUUCUGGAAUUAUGCUCUCGUUGGAAAAUUUCUACUUCAGAAUUUUAAUCAUAGUCUCAGGCUAUAUGAAGAAUACUGAGGUUGCCAUUGAUGCUCUCUCCCGUCUGUGUUACUAUCAUUGGUUGGAAUCCAUGAUUCCGUUGGGACUUUUUGCUGCAACAGGGGUACGCGUAGCAAAUGAACUUGGAGCGGGGAAUGGAAAAGGAGCAAAGCUUGCAACCAAAGUGUCAUUGUUGAACUCCAUAGUUAUCGGAAUUUUGUUUUGGUUGAUUAUUAUUCUGUUCCCUGGCAAGCUUGCUAUGAUCUUCACAUCUAACACCUCUGUCAUUCAAAUGGUUCGGGAACUUGCAUUUCUGUUAGGAACGACCAUUCUCAUCAACUGCAUUCAACCAAUUCUUUCAGGAGUAGCUGUUGGAUCUGGUUGGCAAGCACUGGUGGCAUAUGUAAACUUAGGAAGUUAUUAUCUCGUUGGAAUCCCUUUUGGGUUAAUCCUCGGAUGGUUUUUCCAUUUCGGAUUAAAGGGCAUCUGGAUUGGAAUGAUAUGUGGAACUGUGGUUCAAACCUUGAUUUUAACAAUCCUCACAUUGGAACAAGGGUGGGAGAGAGAUGGACUACUUACCCAGCAACCAGGACUUCAAACAAGAGUGUAACUCCAAUUGCCACUCCGGCUAGCUCUUUGUUCUGCAGAUGAUGGAUGAAGAUUCGGUAAGGUUAAGUUAAUGCUAAAGUUAAUCAACUGGAAUGGAGAAUUGAAGCUAGACAGGAUGUGUAUAUAUAUACAGCUCUGUCGUCUGAAGCAGCACCACAGAUAACGAACAUUAGAAUGAAAGUCAUGAGGAACUCCCAGGUUAUAGCCUCGAGAUCAGUGGUUGGAGUGUUGUACUGAGUAAGGGUUGGUUUAAUGUCGUUUUGGUGAUUGAAUAGCACCUUCAAGGUGAGGCAUGCAAGUGUUGAACCCACCAACUGACACACCACAUACAUAGGAACCUAGAAAUCGAACAGAUUAAUACAUUAAAAAGAUCGAAUAAUUCAGAUUCUGCAUUUUCAUUGGACCAGAAUCUUACUUGCACUAAGGGAAGCCUGCCAGAAGUGCCAAAAGCUAUGGUAACAGCAGGGUUGAAAUGUGCACCAGAAACAUGGCCAAGUGUAUAUAUGAGUGCCAUUAGAGGAAGACCCCAAGCUAAAGCUAUUCCCACUAUGGUGAGUUCCUUCUCCCUAUCAACAAGAGCAGAGCCACACCCCACAAAUAUGAAAAUGUAAGUG